CUUAUCGCAUUCGUCUUUUUUUCAUUUAAGUAGAGUAAACUUUAGGGAGAAUACUGAUGGCAUCCUGAACUUUUUGGAUUAAUGCAUCUUGUAAUUCUCUGUUAUGAUUAUUUUGUUUGUCUUAACAAAAUUGCAGAGAGAAGUUAACAAUUUUUUUAAAUAAUAAAUUUUUGAUUAUUACAAAUGGAAAGAAUAAAAAUAAAAAAUCAUAGUAAAGAAAAAUUGACAUUAUGUACCAGAGAUAAUAAAAAUUCAGGAGAAAAUAUCAAUAGAAAUAAUAUGACAUAUGAUAAUAAUGUUAAUAUUGAUGAAUUCUAUUCUUCAGAUUCUAGUAUAGAAUUAAUUGAUGUUUAUAAAUCUAAGACAACCCACUUAAAUUCAAAAAACGAUUUAGACAACACAAAUUUUAUUGAAUAUAUUGAUCUAACUAAUAAUGCAACCUUAAAUUUGAAAAAUAAUGAUAGUUAUGCAAAAUUUGAUAUUUUUAAUAUCAAAAAAAAUUCAAGCAUACAGGAUUUGACUGUUAAUAGUUCUAACUCUGAAGAAAGCUUUAAAUCUGCUUCUAGUAGCAAUUUAGAAAAAAAAAGUGAUUAUAUAGCUUCAGUAAAAUAUCCUAUUGUGUCGGAAAAAGAAAACAAUUUAAUUGACACUGAAAAUAAUUUUUCUACGCCUAAUAAAUUAGCUAUUCAGCUAGAUAGAUUAUCUGAAUCUGCAAAGGUUUUGGAUCGUUUAUAUGGUCGCCAAUGGAGAAAAAUUGAUGGAAUAUUCAAUAUUCCAAAAAAAGACAUUAAAAAAAAAUUGUUUGAAAAUGAUGAUGAAAAUUCAUCAGAAUCAAUAAUUGACAGCAAAUCUGAAUGUGAAUCUUGCUAUAUAAAUUAUAAAGAAAAAGGAAAGGCGAAUCUUACACCUACUAAAAAUAUUCAAAAAGAACUGGAUCUUACUUCUGAAAGUUUUAUGAACAUCAGUCUUUCAGACGCUAGAAUCGAUUUUAAUUUUUCAAAUAAACAAGAUGAUGUUAUUCCAUUAUCAUCUACUUUAAAUAAAUCUGGCUCACUAAUAUUUCCAAAAAAAAACAAGACCCAAGAAAUUUGUUUGUUAAGCAAGCCAUUACCAAAAAAAGAAUUGAAAAAUGUUAAAUCAGAAAAUAGUGAUUCAAUGCUGUCUUUUCUUAGUUCACUCUCAUGUUAUAACGGCUCAUUAAAAUGUCACCCUGAAGCUGAAAAAUAUAAAUUUAAAUUUAAAAAGAACAAAGAUGACUUAGUAUCUGCAUUAUUUGAUUUGUUCAAUAAAGAAGUGUUUGAAAAUAAGCUUCCUGAUGAUAUGAAUUUUAAAUGGAAUGCACGAUUAAGAACAACUGCUGGAGCUUGUUUUAAUAGACGUUCAGUAAAAAUUAAUGAAAAUUUAGAUUGUGUUCGAAUUUCCCGAAUUGAGCUUUCUUCAAAGAUAAUUGACACUGCUGAAAGACUGAGGGAUACAUUGAUUCAUGAACUUUGCCAUGCUGCUUGUUGGAUAUUUAAUGGUGUAUCUGAAGGCCAUGGACCAGCUUGGAAAAGUUGGGCAAAUAAAGCAAUGAAAAGAUUCCCUGAGUUGCCAAUUAUUAAAAGAUGUCAUAGUUAUGCAAUUCAAACAAAAUAUACUUAUAAAUGCAUGAAAUGUGGUUAUAGUAUUGGACGACAUUCCAAAUCAUUAAAUUUGGAAAAAAAAAGAUGUGGUUACUGUUAUGGAGAAUUUGAAUUGAUUGUCAAUAAAAUGAAUAAAAAUCCAACUGUUAAUAUUAAUUUGCAAGGUCUUCAAACUGAUCCUCUAAAAGAAUUGUAUAAAAUAGAUGAUAAGCCACAAACUAAUAAACUUCCACGAAAGCCAUCUAAGUUCGCAAUUUUUGUAAAAGAAAAUUAUGGAAAAGCAAAACGAGAAAAUCCACUUUUAAAACAUGGUGAAAUCAUGAAAAUUCUUGGAUCUCAAUUUUCAGUAGCUAAAACUUUAACACCUGAUGAUAUAUUUGACAGAUUACUUGAUAGUUAAUUAAUUGUUCCAUAUAUAUAAUUUGACAAUAUUAAUUAUUAGAGCGAAAUUUAUUGAUAUUUAUAUUGAUUUUUUAUAUAAGUACUAAUUAAAAAAAUAUAUGAAAAAUAAAUAAUUUAUAUAUAUAUAGUGAUUAUAAUA